AUGAAGUUGUUCGCCGUGGUGUUGUUGAGUUUGGUGGCUCUUAAUGUAGGUUUUUUAAUUUGUUUAGGGUUGGAAAUUAUCGUUUUUCUACUGUAAAGUUUAACGUUGAAAAAUGUGCGUUUUCUGUUAUAUAUAACGCUCAAAAUGCCAUUUCUUCUAUUGUAUAUAACGUUAAAAACUCACUGUCUUCUGUUAUAUAUAACGCUAGAAAAUGUCUCUGUUUUGUCGUGUAUAACAUUAGAAAAUGACAGGCCUUCUACUAUAAUAUAUGACAUAAAAAAUCCCCGAUCCCUCUUGUUCAAUAUUCAUUUUUAACUACUCUAACCUACCCUUCAUUUAGGCCGUACAAGCCGGUGUAGACGAAGACCUCAGAGACUCAUACAUCAAAUUCCUUGGCGCUAAUAACAUCAAAAUCGACCAAGCCGAAGCUCACCGAAGACUCUUGGCCUACAAGAAGGAAUCGAUCGACUUGGCCAACAAAUACGGAAUAUACGAUCAUAUAGAUGAGCUUUUGAGUAAAACCACCGAAUUGAUUAUUGCCGCCUCUAAAGCAAAGGUAUUGUUUGGAAGCGAAUACAACAAGGCUGUUGUUGCCUUCCACGUCCUUCGUAACACACUCGCUGAUCACGCUCACGAGCUGGAAAUGAUCCAUGUCGAUUUCAAUAACGAUUUGCUGGCUUCUAUGGCUCAUGUAGGUUGUUUACACCCAAAAUUUGCUUUAAGCGGGGGCACAGAAUUAUUUGAACGACUCAAUAUUUUGUAGGCCAGACUUUAUAUUUUUUGAUUUUUUUUCUGAUUAAACCAAACUUUAGGACCCCACCAACAACAUGGGUGUCAAACUACUCUUGGCAGUAAACGACGAAGCCAAACAGCUCAAAUACAGCUUGAACUACACCGCGCCCGUCUUGCGAAACAUCGCUGCCAACUUGGUUUUGGAAGCCUACCAAGUCUCUAUUGGCAAAAACAUCACUCCUGUGCACGAGUUGGCCCAGACCAUCAGCCAGCGUCAGCGAAUCGACCUUGAACACCCAUUGAGCUCAGGCCUUCGUCAUUAUGUCGAAUCGCUUCAGGCGUUGUUCAUGAAAAUUUACUUUGGUAACAGCCUGGAUGAAUACGUUGGUACGCCAGUGCUGGGUAAAUUGAUGAAAACCCUGCGUUAUGCCAAGUAUCUUCAAGACGACAGCAUUUUGGACGGCAUUACCGGACCCGCCCUGGCCAUUUUCGAAAGUCUGGUCGAUAAUUUGAUGGAUUUGAAGAAGCAAAUUCGCCACUAA